UGUUUCUUAGCAACGUAAAUCGAGCGGAGAAAGUUGAUUUCAUAUCGCUAUAAUUUGUCCGAGUGUUAUGAUUUUUUCUUGGUGAAGUAUAAUUUAGGUGUUUACAUGAUGGCUGCGACCACAGGCGGCGGGGAAAGUAUUCUGGAUGCAAAUUCACCCGCAAACAAGUACUUACUGGAACUACUGGACGAGAAAGGACUAAAAGAUACGGAGCCUUCAGAACAGCGAAUGGUCACCGUGUUCCGUGUCUUGGACGACCUUCUGCCUCAUCUUGGUCACUACUCAAAAAUAGCACAACUUAUCCGGGAUGAGCUCUAUGAUGCUGUCUACAGCCCAACGCUGACCAGCACAGCUGCCAAAGAAAGUGUCGGCAACACUGACGCCACGACUUUCAUCCAGAAAGUGCCGUACUUCACACUGGUGAAAAGAGUUUAUGAUGAAAGGAACAUGAAGGCAGAAGAACUGCAGGACAAACUGGAUGCUGCAAAAGAGAGACUGCGUGAGAAGCAGCAGCAGUUCCAGGCCCUGGAGGCAGUGAAUGAUGACCUGACACAGGACAUAGACGGGCUGAACGACACAGUGGAGGGGCUGGAGGCACAAGUACAGGCCAGGAACAUCGACAUUAAAAAGUUACAUGAAUCCAUGGAAGAGAAGCAGAAUGGUUUUGAGAGAGAGAAGGCGACAUACGAACAGAACAUCGCAAAUCUACAGGCAGAUAUACGCAGACUGACUGAGGAGCUAAACUACAUGACAACAUACAAGACCAGCUUUGAUAAAAUGCAAGAAGCAUUCCACACCAUGUACCCUACCGACUCAAUGCCCAAGAGACUGUUGACAAGGAAGCCUGUGCUCACAAGUAAAAAGGCCAAUCUGGUGACAGACAUUGACAAUGUGAAGAGACUGGAAAGUCAGAUGUUGUCCAUACAAAACUCCUUGUUGGAAGAGUUUGAUGCGUACAUGGAAGCCCACCUGCUCCAGCUGUCCUCCUGUGUCCAGUCAGACAACGUCAACGAUCCAAACUUCUCUGCCAAUGAGAUGGAGAUAGACAAACUGGAUGUGGAGCUUCAGUGUACCCAGGAGAGGUUCCAGGCGUCGGUAGCAGAGUUGGGAAACGAGCUGGCGUUGAUCCGGCAGCACAAAGACGUGCUGAGUAAGGACCUGCAGGCCAUGGAGGAGGCCCGGCUGGCUCAGGAGGAGGAGCAGAGACUCAAGACCCCCGGCAGUGCCAGGAAGUCUGGUCGGCCGGGCAGCAAGCCAGGCUCGGCUGGGCGGGAAGGGCUGCGGUCCAGAGGCAGGGAUUCAGCCAUGUCCCUCCAGAGUGGGCUGGAUGAGGAGGAGAAGGCCAGUGACAGCGGGGCCAAUGACGACCCCUUCUCCCCACACGAACACAUCCUCAGCAAGUACUCCUCCAUGCUCUACUUCUCCACCAACUUCGGCAGGAACUUUGAGGAGUUCAAGGAGGGCGCCUUCUGCCCCAGCUGUGGGGAGAAGACGGUCAUUUGUCCCCACAAGGUCACCACCAAGGACAAGGUCUUCAUACUGCCGAAAAACUGCACCCACAUCAAAGUGGUACGGCCCAAACUGAGAGUGAACAUUGAAGUCCCCGACACGGCACAGGUGCCGCCACCGUUAGAGGCUAACGUCAAUGGGAAAUCGAAAUCCGCCGCUUCUGUUAGCUCCACAAGACGCGUAUCUAACGCCAGUUCUAACCAAGGCAUCUGCGCCUUGCACUCGGACCAAGAGACACCGGGAGACAGCAGGAGGCAGACAAGUGUUGCCCCGUCGGCAAACGUGCCCAGUGGAGACAGCAGCGAGGAUGAGUCGACAAUGAAGAACAUGACGCAGCAGAUCUGGGCAGACUACAGGAAGCGCUCGAACAUUACGAGAGCCGUCGCCCGUCCUCUGAGCCAGGAGCGCGUCCUGUCCAUUAUCGAACAGUUCUACGCCACGCUGGUCUUCCAGGACGACUGCGGAAUGGAUGACGAGCCCACUCUGUCCUUCGUGGACGCCUUGUACGCCUUCUUCUCGGAGAGAUAUCUCGAUGACGAGGUGACCUACCUGGCCAUGUAUGACUUCUUAACAGGUGUGGUCCAGCAGGUGAACAUCAGUCGCACGGUCCACAUGUUCGCUCUCCUGCUGGCCGGCCAAUUGGACGCUUCCACCAUGCGAUACAUCGUGACGGUCGCCGAUCUUGUUGAAGCCGUGGAGUGGAAGGAGGUCCGCGAUUUUGAAGCCUUCGCAGAGUGCAUCUACCCCUUCCUGCACGAGGACGAGAUCGAAACAGUGUCCAUGAGUUACCAAUCCUUCAGCGAGAACAAGAUCUCAAAAACCCUGGUGAUAGAGUGGAUCAUGAACGCCAUUCUGAGGGGACGGGAGCCUAGGAUGAAGGACGCCGAAGUCAAGCUGUUCUUACAUCCGGGGAAAGAACCCGGGUCGAUGGUGGAAGGAGAGUUUGCCAACGCCAUGGAGUCCAUCUGUCCGCUCGCGUCGGACAAGCUGAGGAUGCGACUGUUUGCCGAGAGUUCCGCUCUCCUGAAGACAAGUUCGGUGGACGUGACUCGGCUGACUCCCAUCACCGGGUAUCUCAUGUUCCUCCAGAUCCUCCCCCUCCUGAGGGACAGUAUCGGCAAGCGUGUCGCGAAGGCUCGCAGCCAUCCGCGCAGCGGAACGGUUCCCGUCACCAAGAUGGAGUUUGAGACACGAAUAGUCCAGGAUAGGGGCAGGCUGAUGAAGAUGUCUACCCUCAGGAGCAUGGCCAAUACCAUUGCCAGGAGGAAGAGAGCCAGAGGCAUGAGGAGGAUUGCCAAGUACCAAGGGAUGUUGGAUGAUGAUUAGUUUAAAUUGUCUUUAAAUUCUUUUGU